UUUACUUGGAUCUGAGAAUUUCUAUAAAUUGUUUCACUGAAGUCAUGAAGAUUCUCAUCAUUUUGAGUUUUUGCGCUACAGCUGCUUUGGGAUGCGGUAAUCUUCCCAAAUUAGCGGCUUGCAACAUUGCAGCGGGCGGAGGAGACUGUAGCUGCCAAGCCGGUUUGUCCUGUAUGUUAACUAAGAACAUGAUCUACAAUGGACAGGUUAUUCCUGUGAAACAGUGCAUGCCAGAAGGAAUGGACAUUGAGGUGGAAGAGGUUGAUCUGGAUAAUCAGUCUGCAGACGAACCCAUGAGGACAAAACGAUUUCUAUUCAACCGUUGCAGCUCCGAGGCUGAAUGUCAGGACAACUACUGCUGUGCCUUUGGCAAACGUUGUGCUCCGAAACUUGGGGAGUUCUUCACUUGCUAUCUUGUGCAAAAGCACAAUUGCGGAUGCGGUAAUGGGAUGACCUGCAAAGUAACAACCACGAUCCGAUUGCCUUUCGGGAUCAAGAUCCCUAUCAAACAGUGCGUGAAGCCCGAGUAAGCCUUUGAGCAAAAGUGUUACAUCAAAGUUACAGAAAAAGUAGUUUUUAAUUAGUAAUGUAAAGUCUGUAACAUCAAACGAAGGAAUAAAAGUUCAUUG